ACACACAUGCACGCGCAGAGGCCGGGAGCGCGCACGGCAGAGGGGAGGACAGACGUGACCCGCGCGCGCUGCAGCUUCUGUCCCACGAAACGGAUCAACAAGUCACAUUUUCGCUCCACAAAACGCGUCAAAAAGUCGUUUAAUUGUUCCUAAACUUCGUAAAGCUUCAGACAUCUUCGUGCGUAAUCGUUGUCUCCCUCGGUGGAUUUACGACGGAUGAAAAACGCGGCGACAACCUGGGAAAUGGAUCGGUUUGUGGAGGUUUGAAGCGAGUUUUAAAGGAGAAAACGUGACUCAAUCUUGACAGAAACGACUCGUGUGCGUCAGGAGAGGUUUGUAAAAGAAAGAAACGAGGAUACGUAAGGAGAGGACGCGCAUUGUGGCUGUGGGACUCCUCGCGCUCGUGGGAGGAAACCAGAGCCUGGACUCAGGAUUUGGACUCCCUGGACUCGUCUGGUCCGUCUUUUCUCUGCUGAACGUGAGAGAGUGAGCCGUCAUCAUUCUGUGCUGCGUGGGUGACAUGUCCUCCACCGGAGACCUCAGCCCGGGAUCGGAGAGCUUCUGGGAGCCGGGGAACUAUAAGCGCACAGUGAAGAGGAUCGACGAUGGCCACAGACUGUGUAACGACCUGAUGAGCUGCUUCCAGGAGAGAGCCAAGAUCGAGAAGAACUACGCUCUCCAGCUCAGUGACUGGGCCAAGCGCUGGAGGAGCACUGUGGAAAGAGGUCCUCAGUACGGGACCUUGGAGAAGGCGUGGCACGCGUUCAUGUCUGCUGCAGAGCGUUUGAGUGACCUACACUUGGAACUAAAGGAGCAUUUGGUCAGUGAGGACUCAGAAAAGGUCCGGCUCUGGCAGAAAGACUCGUACCACAAACAGCUGAUGGGAGGCUUCAAGGAGACGAGAGAUGCCCAAGAUGGUUUCCAUAAGGCUCAGAAGCCCUGGGUCCGCAAGCUCCGAGAGGUGGAGGUGAGUAAGAAGUCGUACCAUCAGGCUCGUAAAGAGGAGUGGAGCGCAUCGAACAGAGAGACUCACGCUAAAGCCGACCCCAGCAAGUCCCAGGAGGAAGUCCGAAAAUACACGGCCAGAGUGGAGAAGUGUUCACAGGAGGUGGAGAAGGCGAAGGAGCGUUACAGUAAGGCUCUGGAGGAGCUAAACCGCUGCAACCCGCGGUACAUGGAGGACAUGGAGACUGUCUUUGAACUGACUCAGGAGAGUGAGAGGAGCAGGCUCAGGUUCUUCAAGGAAGUUCUACUGGAGAUCCACGAGCACCUGGACCUAAGCACCAAGGACGGGUUCUCGGCGCUGUACAGAGACCUGGGUCAGACCAUCCGAGCAGUCAGUGACUCCGAGGACCUGCGCUGGUGGAGGAACACACACGGACCAGGGACCACCAUGAACUGGCCUCAGUUUGAGGAGUGGAGUCCUGAUCUGAGCCGGUCCAUCAGUCGAAAGGAGAGAGGACGAAGCUCUGACGACAAUGUGGUCACUCUGACGAACAUCGUGUCAGCUGGAGAUGUCCCACCCAGCCCUGCCUCCGACGCGCCCACCAGGGUCAAAGAGGACUCAUCUGAUUGGUCGGAUGAUGAGAGUCCGAAGAAGGCGUUGGCGGUGAACGGCAUGCACGAGGGGGGCGUGCAUGAGCAGGUAGCAGGCGUGCACGUCAAGGCGCUGUAUGAUUACACAGGGCAGGAGGCAGACGAGCUCAGCUUUAAAGCAGGGGAGCAGUUACUGAAGCUGAGCGAGGAGGAUGAGCAGGGCUGGUGCAAGGGUCAGCUGAGCAACGGUCAAAUUGGUCUGUACCCCGCCAACUACGUCCAGGUGGUCAGCUCCUGAGGCCACGCCCACUUAAACUGAAGUCACACCCAUUCACACAAGGCCACACCCACAUAAACCCUGGUGUAGAGAAGCUUUCAACAGUGGUCAUCUGGACACUGUUUUUGUGAGACUUCCAUCCAGAAGCCAUUUUACAUAUGAUGGUACUGACUUGAAUUUAUCCUACUCUGAGCUAACCAAGUCCAGCCCCAAAGGGAGGAGUUUCAAAGUGAAAUUUGCUAGGCCUGUCACAAUAAUGACUUUUGAAGAACGAUAUAUUGCUGAUGAAAAUACUGACACUAAACAAUAACAGUAAUGGUAAAUAUUAAUAUAGUAAUAGUAAAAGCCAUUAUGUCACCAACAGGGUGACAGUAAAGCAAGAUUUCCCUCCCCAAAAAACAAAUCUAUAUGUACAAUGCUGGUAAUGAACAUGACCUGGAAUAAAAGAGAUACUUAAUGAGUCAUAGAAGUUAUUUAUUCAGCCCUCUACAUCUCAAAUCUAAUCACAUACAGAAAAAUAACACGCAUUCCCACUAGUUUAAAGAUAAAUAUUGAUCGCUAAAAAUUAUCUGUCAUGUUUUGAACCAUAAGUCGAUACAGUGAUUGUGACAGGCCUAGAAACUGCCCUGUCCUUGUUUAGUAGCCAGCAUCAUUCCUUCAGCAUUGUUAAAUAUCUGAUUAGCUUUUAAUUGGCUUGUUGUGCUCUUAUUUCAUGGACUGUGAGCAGCUGGUAGAUCAUAUCGGAGUCCACCAUUUCUGUUUGAAAAGGGAUUCUCUUUUUUUCACAAAAACGGGAGUGAAGGAAGCUAUUUUUGUCAAUACCAUCAAAUGUAAAAUGGCUUGUGGAUGGAGCUGAAACGUCUUGAUUACAAAAACGGUGUCCAGAUGAGCAACUUGCAGACCUUCUCCACGUCGACAGAAACAAUCACGCAGUUUGACCACACUUCCAGUGUUUUAUAUAUACUAUGUAACUUUUCUGCUGCCUGUCUCCAUGGAGAUGAUACAGCUUUGCCUGGAAUGUGCAACAGUACAGCUUUAAGGACUUCUAUAGCAAUGGACACAGGCCUAGUUACAGGUCAAAUCUGUGGAGAGGCGACUCUGCUCACAGUAAGGAUCCGUACCUUUCAAGGAACCAUAAAAACACAUGAAAUAAAAUAAAUGCAGAUAGACAGACUAGCAAAGCAAUAGCAUCACCAUGGAGACAAGCGGAUAGUAGACCACCUACCAGAAAGUUUCAUAAUGCAGCUUUAACACUACAACUGAGACAAACCCCCAAACCACCCCCAAACUGUCCUCAGCCAAUGGAACAAUGCCAAUGGAACGCUGCAAGGACCAAUCAAAAGCUGCUGUUUUGAUCAUGUGGCCCACACAUGACAAUUUGCAAUUUUGUUUUCAUUGUUUCAAAAUAUUGACUUUUUCCUGUUAAUUUUUAGUUUUGUUUUACUAUAAUUUUAUUGCUUUAAAACAAAAGUACAAAUAUGAGUCAAUACUCGAUACAUUCUGCUAAUAAAAAGUAGUUUUGUCAUGGUAUCGUAAUUUUCAUACAGAAAAAAUAAUAGUACUUUCUUAAUCUUACCAUGAGGUCUUAUAUUUGUUCUGAUAAAGCUGAAAUCACUCGCACAGUUCAAGAAAGCUUAAAUUUUGUCCUGGGAAUGUGAUUUGAUUUUGUUUUUUUUGGUUUUUUUUGUAUCCAUACCUGCUCAAAUGAGUAUCUAGUCUGGAUAUUAGUUUUAGUAUCGAUUAGUGUCUGAUUUUCGAUACUUCUGACAACCGCAGAAGUGACUUGCAAACAUAUCUUUUAUCCAGCACUGGGGCUGGUACCAGGAGCACGCACUGCAAAUAACAGGGAUCUUCAUGAGCUGAAAUGAUGUGAAAUGACACAAGUUAUCAAUUAAAAACUAUUUAAGUAAAGUAUAGUUUCAAUUAUCUACCAGUUAAUUUUGAAGUGAAUAUUUGAUAAUUAUAUUGGAAAAGAAAUGAGGGAAAUGCUUAGACUAACAAAAAACAAAAUAAAAUAAUACAAACUUUUGCGUCAUUGAAGGUGUAAAGGAACUUUUUGGACAAGUUUAAUGUCAUAUUGUGGCCCAGCAGCUCAUAAUUCAGCCUAAAAUGAGAAAAAGCUCAUGAGCUUCAAAGAAUUUAAUUAAUGAUAAAUCAGUAUUUUUAAUCUGGAUGAGUCAUCUCAACUUGUAGAACCUUUUUUGCAGUGCUGCAGAGUGUAGGCUUCAUAGUGAUCAGUGCCUUAGAGAAGAGCGCCCUCUCCUGUUUGGACCACACAUUGCACAUUUACCCAAAUCAACCAAUCACAUUCCUCUGUUCAUUUUAAUCAUUUUAUAAAUCGUAAAAUCAGAAAUUUCAUCUUUCCAAAUAAUCAUUUUUAAGUGUGAUAUUUUUGCUUUUAUUUGUAAUUUAUUUGCAUUUUUUGUCUAAGGAUCAAAAAUGGGAAAUGCUUUUGUCUUUUUGGCUCUAUUAAAGAGGGGGUAUUAUGCAAAAAGGACUUUGUGGAGUUUUCUACCAUGUUUUAACUUGUCCCCUCAUCAAAAACAUGCCUCGAGUGUGUUGUGAUAGCGCUCUGAAGGGAGAGUGACUUCACAUGAGGAGCAAAGGGAGGUGGGACUCAGAGAGUUAAAAAUGAAAGUGAAACUCAUAAAACAAUUUAAUAUGUUGUUUUGGACAUAUACAGCAUUUUCAAAACAAUUAAAGGUAACAUGGUGAUCUAGAUGUUAUGUGUUAGUAGUUAUUACCCCACAGAAAUAAAAUACCCCCUCUUUAAAUAAAAAGGUUGAGUUUGUCUUUUCAGAUCUUUACAAAUUAAUACUAAUAAUUAUAAUGUAAAUAGAUGAUGGAUUUUUUUUUUUUUUUUUAAUGAAAUGCAAUUCUUGUUUAAACGCUUUAAGGAUUCUCUCACCAAACUUCUUUUUUCUUCAGGCCAUGAGUUUGAGAAUGAUACUUUAGAGUUAGCUGCUUCAGUGUUAGCCAAAAUGCACCUGUAAAUAUGAAAUUUCACAUUUGUUGCACAAAAUGUGUAAGGAAAUAAACACUUUAUGCAGCAGAAAA